UUCACUUAUGAGGGAAGUUGAGCUGAGAACUAACAGGAAGUCUUUUCCCUCAAGAGGAAAUCAAGUCUUGUUACUGUAAAAGCAACUGACCUUGUGGCUUGUCUGGGAGGAAUGCAUGCAGAGGAGACAGACAGGGAGAUAAACAGGAGCUCAUGUACAGAGGAUCUCCCUCCACUGCAUACACACAAGCUCGCUCUCCCUCCCUCUCUCACUAACUCUCUCACUCGCCCACUUACUCAGUAUCGUUUCAUCUGUCUCUCUCUGCCUCUCUCUCUCUCUCUCUCUCACACUCUCAGUCGCUGUUCUCUGACGGAUGGGGAUACACUGCCAAGGAGGACUUAGGGGCGAGAGGAGAAGUGUUUCUUUUCUUCUCUGGUGUGUUUUCUUUCUCUUCCGCCUGGCUUCCCUCAUGAGCCGUUAAUUCCAGCCCCGGUACCGAGGAUGAGGAGGAUCUAUUUGUGAGGAAGGCGCAACAAAGGAAGAGGAAGCAACAGGGUGGGAAAUUCUGCCAGCGGGAGUGAGCGAGAAGACCUUUUCCUUUUCUACAGGCUCGAGCAAAGGAGUCCCGACUCCCAGCAGCAGCCAUGUGAGAGGAGCUGUCAACAAGCAGAGGAUGCCCACGCCCAGCUAAAGCAGAGCAGCCCCCCCCCCUCCCUCCAUCCCUCCAUCCCUCCUGCUCCCUCCCUUCUUCCCACAUGAGGACGAGAAGAUGACUAUCACCAGCCGGCAGUCCUUCAAUGUCCUGACGGUCAUCUUCCUCCUGCUGUCCACUGCAGCGCUCUCAGCUCAUUACCGAGUGUGUGAACCCUACUCCGACCACAAGGGGCGUUACCACUUCGGCUUCCACUGCCCACGCCUCUCCGACAACAACAAGACCUACAUGUUCUGCUGCUACCACAACAACACCGCCUUCAAAUACUGCUGCAACGAGACCGAGUUCCAGUUGGUCAUGCAGAUCAACCUCACCACCACCUCAGACGGUUAUGCACACAAUAAUUAUACAGCCCUGGUUGGUGUGUGGAUCUACGGCUUCUUCGUCAUGGUGCUGCUGGCGCUGGACUUUCUCUACUACUCAGCCAUAAACUACGAGCUGUGCCGGGUCUACCUGGAGAAAUGGGGUCUGGGAGGACGCUGGCUGAAGAAGGCUCGCAGUCAGUGGCACAGGUCCAUGCCAGAGGAGAGCGAGGCCCAGGCUCAAGCCCAGCCCAUGGUCGCCAGCCACUACCAGCCCAGAAACAGCCUCAGAGGGGAGAGCCACACCCCCACACUCCUGCCCUACAACACAUCCACCGCAUGAGUGAUGCUGCGAGUGGAGUGGACAAACUGAAGAGUAGCAACACCUUGUUUCGUUACGUGGUACAGAGGAGAUGCCCCACAGAUGCCCCCUGCCCCCCCUCCCUCUGGACCAGAGACACAAACACCAGUGGAGGGCUAGCCAUACUGUAGUAGUAAGAAGUGACUACUGCCCCUUUCUAAUGAGCACAAAACACCCUUGGACUGACAGCAACAGACUGAUAUGGCAUUUAGAAACCCAGUUGAACAAAAGGCUGCCAGGAGACACAGAGGAUCUGCUGCUGCCAUAGCAGAGGAGCGACACAUUCAACUGCUCGCAGGUGUUCAGCGAUCCCCUGAAAAGUCUGCCAAGGCCUGGAGUGUCUCAAACAGAUCCGAGCUGAACUGGAUAAACUGUACUCACAAGCUCAUAGCGCUUUCUAAAUAUAACAUGUUUAUUACACUGCUGUGUCAGUUUGUGUUCAGUAGCAGUUAGACACAGUUGUGGGUUAUCUAUUUGGUGAUUUAUUUAUGUGAACUAGUCAGAGAAGUAUUUGAGUGGUUAACAUUCGGGAACAUGUAACAGCUUAGGUUGAUGCUGAGCAUCUCACGUAGAGUAGAGUGUUUUUGUUACUUACUGAAAGCAGACACAAAAUGUCUCUGCAGCCAUGUUGAAAAACAAUAUCUUGUAUGAAAUGUUUUAGUCUCCUUUCUGCAAAACAAGUCAUUUCUCUAUCUUGUAACGUGUCUGACAAGGACACGACGCCAUACAGAUGAACUGCUGUAGAUCUAAAGGUUUUACAUUAGGUCAUCAAGAUUUCUCUUUUGGUUUAGUGAUGCUGAGGAAAAGGGAUCUUGACGCUCAAUGAGUUAUUCACCCAAAGCAUUAAUAAGGAUCAGGGAUGCCUUGACAACAGCAAAGAGCUUCAUGCUAGGUCGAACAUUAAUCCUUAGCUAUGAGCCGACAAACCCAUCUGAGACCAUCCCUUAUAAGGUUAGUGUGAGACGGUUGCCUCGGUAAACUCAUCCAUUGACUUGCUUGCCCUUCCUCAUUACCGGAGCACAGCUCCAUUAGCAAUAUGAUGCAAAUGAAUAUCCAUUUGGUUCCUUUAUGAAGGAGCGCUCUAUAUCCCACACUGGUAAUAGACAGUAAGCGAUUAGCCAUAAUAGAAAAUGUAAAAAAAAACACAUUAAAACCCCUUUCACUGGCAGCAAUAAUGUACAGUAGCUCAAUCAGAAGGAUGACAUGGUGUGUGACAGUCAGAAGCGCCCGUCCAAAUGAGCACUGGUUAUUCAUUGAGGUGUAUCGCAGAGAUUUCAGGUCAAUGAAAUGAACAAACAGUAUUUCUGGAUAAUGAACUCGCAUCGAAAAAGGUUUCCAAUCAAUUUUGUGUCGGCUUUGUGAGGAGAAAAGUGAAAGACUUUUAGUUUAGAGCUGCAACUAAUGAUAUCUUUCGUUAGCGAUUAUCGACAGCACAAGGUCGCUUGCUUUAUUUAACCAACGGUCUAAAACCCAAGGAUCUUCAGUUAUACACUAUCAUUUAUGGUAUUGUACAAAUAACAAUUAUUGCAUUUGUGAAAUCAGUGAAAUCUACUAUAACCAUUAAUUCAUUAUCCAAUCAUCUAGGGCUGCAACUAAAUAUGAAUUAAUAAUCAGCUAAUUGUUUUUUUUAAUGAAUCAAUAAGUCGUUUGGUCUAAGAAGUGUCAGAUAAUAGUUAAAAAUGCUUUAUAAAAAUCUUUAAAUUACUUGUUUUGUCCAACCAACAGAACAAAAAGUACAAAAAUGUUCAAUUAGCAUUAAUUGAGAAGCUGAUAUUAAGGAAUUGUUUGGCAUUUUUGCUUGUAAAUAACAAAUUGAUCAACCAAAUGGUUCGUUUGUUGGACUAAAAGAUACAUUGACUGAUCGUUUCAGCUCUACAAUCAUCACAUUUUAGGAUAAAGUAAUUACUUCAUGCCCAAAUCUGAAUUAACUACAGAGAUACAUUCGCUGUAAUCCAUAAAAUGCUAAAGGACAAAGCAGCUGUCGGUGCCAGAGUGUAUAUGAGCGGCAGCAUGUGAAGCCCAUGUGCACAGACAGUAGGUCGAGGGGAGGUGUCGGCCCCAAUCUUGCAUCUGCAACUGGUACCCUGUCAGCUGCCGAGCCUGUACGUGUACAGAAUCUCCGGUCUGUGCAAAUAUCCUCGCUGAACGCUUACAGGAGAUACCGGUAAUCGUUCAGAAUUGGCUAUAAGCCAGCCGUGAGACUUGGGGUCUUGCCAUCAUAUUUCUGUUUCAUGAAGUUUAAGUGCACCUCUCUGAACAGAACUCUGGUCAUGUGCUGCCGGCUUCAUCCUCGGUUAUCAGCAAUAAUAUUCACAUUUGCUGAGUCGUUAAAGCAAGCUCAUUCCCAUUUCAAUGGCUAAAGUUUAACUGUGUGUGUGCCCCAGCAGACUUGUGCUUUCAGGGGCAAAAAAGAAUAGGAUGUGUCCAAGUGAAAUAAUUGGCUAGGGAUCAGCAGUUGUUCUAAAUUACACUCUCUGUAGCUGCCUCCUUAUUCCCAGCGUGCGAACAGCAAAGCCAAACAGGGAGAAGUUUGGAGCAGCGCAAAGAGGAUUUAAUAAGUCCCUGAAGCUGGAUAAGUGGGAAAAAUCUGAUAUGUUAAAGAACAUGUCGCUUUUCAGGGUUUUACGCUGUGUUUUCUGACCUGUAACGAGGCAAAGGAGGUCUGUUAUUAUCACGAAUAAAGUAAUAGUCACACCCAGGGAAGAAAAAAUAAAGUUUUUGCCUCUGACAAGCAGUAGCAGGGUCAAAGAAUUGAUAAUUUCCCCCCAUUUCUUAAAAUGUUACAACUUGAUUGUGCGAUGUUUUCUGUUUUUGUUUGAAAACAGUCUUGACUCUGGCCUGAUGUGUGAUGAUGUGGUACUGUAAAUCAUAUCAGCUCAGCCUCUUCCCAAAUAAAUCAUUUAAAAAAACAUCUUUAAUGAAAAAAAAAAACGGCGGGAAGAAGAGAGCACACAAUCGUUUCAGUCUCUCCAGGUUGUCAUGGUAACAGUUGCCUUACAGUUGCAUACCCACCUGUACACAGAAGCUUUGUAGUGGUCGAUCCCUCACUUUGUGGGUGUGGCGGUGAUGAUAAUGUGCACCACGUUCUGUCUAUGUAUUUAGAUAGAAUGAUCAGUACCGUUUUCAGUUGGAUUGUUAUUGCACUUGUUGACUUUGUAUUGUCACGACAGGGAGAAAUAAAGUUUUAUCUUUUCCAGUGUG